CUAAAUUUAGGAUUGACCUAAAUUUUAAAACCGACGACACACAGACAGACUAGAAGUUUAGCUGGUACUGACGUGAAAGCGGACAAUAAAGCUUUCAACAUGGCUGUAAAUGUGUACAACACAAGUGCCACAGCGGAAAACUUGAGUCGGCAUGACAUCAUUGGUUGGGUCAAUGACACUUUACAAGCUAACUACACAAAAAUUGAGGAGCUAUGUUCAGGUAGUUCAUAUUGCCAGUUUAUGGACAUGAUGUUUCCAGGCACUAUUCUCUUGAAGAAAGUCAAAUACAACACCAAAUUAGAACAUGAAGCCAUUCAGAAUUUCAAGCUGCUGCAAGGGAGUUUUAAGAAGAAUGGUGUCGACAAGAUUGUUCCUGUAGAUCGAUUGGUGAAAGGAAAAUUCCAGGAUAACUUUGAAUUUGUUCAAUGGUUCAAAAAGUUUUUUGAUGCAAAUUUUGACAUGCGUGAUUACGAUCCCGUCCAUGCUAGAGGCGGUGAAUCUCUUGGAAGUGGGCCAAAGGGCAGUGCCUUUAACAAACCCCGGGUUACCAAACAGUCCCCAACAGUCAAGACAGCCAAGCCAAUGACGGAAACAACAAAAAGGGUGGCUCCACCUGCAGCCAGGCCCUCUGCGAACAAUCAUGCUAGCAGCAAAGACAACAAAGAUAACAAGAUUGCUGAUUUGGAGGCAAAUAUUUCGGAACUCCGACUCACCGUGGAAGGUCUGGAGAAGGAGAGGGAUUUCUAUUUCGCCAAGCUGCGCGACAUUGAGAUCAUCUGCCAAGACCAUAUUGAUGAUGAUCCAGUUAUUAAGUCAAUUUCUGAGAUCUUGUAUGCAACAGAGUGAGAAGUUGCUGGUGUAGGAAGCGGACGGCUUUGCACCCCCAGAGGAGGGUCAGGACGAUGGCUUGGUUGACCCUGAAGAUGAAGAGUACUGAAGCAAUAUGAUGAUACAUACACACACCCACACGUCUGUGACACACAAACUGACUAUUUCCUCCCAGUCGCCAAUCUAUUGAACUAUUACACGGACAGGCUGACGAACAAACUUGCUACUCACAGAUACCUGGGCUGCUUUACCAGGGCAACACAUGACCUGCUUUCUAUAGUGCUCAAUGCUGAUGCUGCUGUGUCAUCUAGACAGCAGCCUGUGUUGGCCUGAACGCCCGAUGGCCUGAUGCCAACCUUUGCCUUCAUCCUGCAAAUUGUAUCUAUGGACAGAUUAAUACUGUUUUUGUGUUGGACACUAACCUGUACGCAAAUUUCACAAAUGUGUUACUGGAUACUUUCUGCUGACAGAAGAUAUGGAAGAGAAGAACUGUGAUCUCAGUGCUUGUUACGAGUAGGUGUAGGUGUGGUAGCAUGUCCAUAGGCACUUCACGUGGAGUGCUCCAGUGUGGGACGGCUAUUGAGUGUCAUUGUCUGCAUGUAAAUAGGUUUACCUGGUUUGCAUGUUCAAGUAAAGAGCUUACAGCCUUAAAGACUAGACUGGUUAGAUUGGCCUGCUGUAACACAAUUCUUUCUUUGUGAUCCCAGUGCUUACUGUUACAUAUGUUAUUGUUACACCUUGCACUUGUUAAGGAAAUUCGACAAGCCUUUCUUGAUGAUGUUCUUAUGGCUGAAAAUGACAACAGAAACUCUUGUGCUGAUGCCAAGAUACUGUCAUUCAACUGCCUUCAGCCGUUGUUCAAGGAUUGCUUGGGGUAUUUUCAUAUUAUUUUUAAGUAACAUGAGUCAUGUGUUCAAUAAAAUGUAAGAAGAAAUUAAUUUAAGAGAUUAAUUAACCUCUUUAACUAGUAUCAUUCUGAGGCUAACCUUCAAAGCAAAAUCAUUUUUAAUGUAAUCCUGAUAUGUAUGCAGCUUGUCUAGCAGUUGAACACAUCUUCAUCUAUCCUGUCUAAUGGCAAGGGAUUCCUUGCUUGCACUGUUCAUCAUUAGGGACAUGGUCACUGUAAGCACCUGUACCAAAAUAAAGGCUAGUCAGUACCAGAUACUUCAAACAGCUCUCUGAGAUAGUCACCAGUGCUUCUUCAAAUGGGUGCUUGUGCUGUAGUUCGUGUCACAAGGUACCAGCCCCGGCUGGUGUGUUUUGUACCUCAUCUUCAGUGUGAAGACUAAGCAGUGUGUACCCACCAGGCAGUGUUGGAGACGGUAUCCAGUCUGCGUUGUGAAGCCGGUUCCACUCAACAGUAGUUGGCUGCUUGUAUUGCUGAAUUCAGUGACAAAUCAAUGUUGCAUUCAACCAAAGUUGUAUAAAAUUUUUGUAUACCAACUCUUGCUCAUAGUGUGUCCUGGCCUCAUUCAGGUACUGUAGUUCACCGACUAGUUUUUUUUUUACUGUGUGGAUGAUACUUUCCUUUUCCGUUCUCAACACAUGAGCCUCACUCAAAAAUACCAAACUACAACAAAAUGCAUUUAGUAUGGAGUUUUUUCUCAGGUUGAAUCCUAUUUGGAUAUUUGUCUCCUGAAAAUGUAAAACUGAAGUGUCAUUGAUUCUAACAACUUUCGAAAAUGUUAAUACUUCAUUCUCUGAUGAGUGAUUAAAGCAAACAUUAUUAGGGCUAGCUGGAGGACAAUGAAUCUUUCCACCAAACAGAGACCAGAUGGAACAAUUAGGGAUGUCAUAUUAACCAUGUUUGGCAAGGUAUGUAAUAGUGUCUAUGGGUUAAAGAAAUGUAACUGGUUAUCAAUUAUCAAUAAAGUUCCCAACUAAUCCCAUUAUUGAUGUUUGGUGGAAGUUGAGUGUGGUCAUUGAGUUGCAGUCUUGCCAUCUGGUCCAGAUUCUCUGUGACACGCCCACACUCGUGUGACAUGAGGUUAUGACUAUAUCACUAUCUGUUACCUGUAUUUGUGUGUAUUUCACUUGUCCUAUGGAAUGUAUCUGUGGUUUAUAUACAGUGUAUAAAACAUUUUAGAAAGGGAAUGGCAUAACCUGCUUUAAACUGGAAGUAGAUACUGCAUCUAAACAAUGUUUAUACUGGGCAGUUGGAUGGUAUGGAGAGGGCGGGAGAGCUGCCAACUUUCGUAACCCACUCGUAUGACAAUUCUAUUGUAAGCUGUUGUUUUAGUUGCUUCAGCAGCCCAUCCUGUUGAUUUUACUCUGUCAGUGCUGGGAGAAUGAGCUGUAUAUUUUAAUGUAUGUGAUUUGUUUGGGUAUCUUUACCAUUGACAUUUGAAUGGUCUCAAUCUACACGAGACAAGCUGCUACACUUGUGACUAAUUUAGCCAUCAAACUCUUUCUUUCUUCCACGCUCUCCUCCUAUUUUGCUGCCUGUUUGUAGUUCUCCAUUUUGCAGAUGAUAAUGCCUGGUUACUGAACUUUGUAUAUUUAUUUUCCUAUUCACUGUUAUAUAUUCUGAACAAUUCAGUGCUUGUAGCAAAAUUUGAAACUGUAACAUUCAUUAAAUUUGAUUCAAUGAAA